UUACAUUCAUGGAUACUGUCUUUUUGAAAUACCACUUUUUUUUUUUUUCUCAAGGAGCUCAAAGUAAUAUAAACUUUGAUAGCUUGUUAAGAAAAAAAAAUCUCGAGCAUGGACCACUUGUAACCUGCUAAUGUGAAAUUAUCUACCCUUUGCUGGGCUGCUUUGUCACUUUUUGUUUUAAGCAAUCACAGCGAUCAGGGAAGUUUGCACAAGAUGAACUUGCCGUAUAGAGUUAGAUGAGCGUGAAUGCAAGCAAGUUUCAGUUUAUUUUCCUGAUUCACAACUGUGCAUGUACAAAUGCUGCAAUUGUAUUUCAGUCAACUCUGAAUAAUCUUUGUUCAGAUAGCAUACUUCCCUGUUAUAAUUGCUAAGGUUUUGCUUUUCCAAGAUAUUUUAAGGGGACCACAGUCAGACAUGUAAAUAAAUUUGAUGUUGCUUGUUUGUUAGUCAGUGGAAACUAUGCAGUAUUCAGUAUUUUACAGAACUUGGCUCCCUCAGUUCUUAAAUGUGAAUUUAGAAGUUUAAUUAGGCAGUCCUGGUUUUUUGCUUUUCACAUUUUCCAAACCACUGGAAUAUAAACAUAAUUCAACAGGAUAUGUGUCUGAGGCAAAGCUGUGGUUUUAGUCUACCAAUAUUUCUUAAACUCCAAAUAUGAGUUGGUGGUUUAAUCCUUUUUAUUUCUAACUUGGACAUUUAACAUGAAUAGAAUACGCAUAGGGUUUUUUUUAAAGUUGAAAAUCUUAAACCUGUCCGUGUUAUUAGGACUUCACAAGGAGCACUGUCUCACACUACAGGAUUUAGUUUUUCUAGGUUUUAUUUAGAUGUCAGCAUGUGGAUUUCCAAAUUCAAAAGCUUAAAAAAAUUGCUUUUAAGGAGAAAAUUUUAAUUAAAAAAUAGUUUCUAGGUUUUUUCCAAAGGAAAUGCUGAAUUUUAUUUAUUUUGACAUAAGAACCACUUUUUAAAAAAGAGUUAAUUACAUUUACCAACUAAGAUGAUUGUUGUAAAAUUGGGGUUUUGAUAGCAAAACUGCUUAAACAUAUAUAUAUUUACUAUUGCAUUUAGAAGUGUAAGAUUAUAGCAAAGUGACAGGAGAGGGUGUGUGCUGGAGUACCUCCAUUGAUGUUUGUUUUUUUUCCAGUUAUUGACGAUCUGAUGCAGAAGAAUAAAUAUUUUGGCAAGGGUGUUUCUAACUCCAUUCUCAGUUGUCUAGCUUGACAGCUUAGUAUAUGCAUGACAUAGAGAAUGAUUCUUUGGAAGGGGAAUACCCCAUCCAGUAAUUGUCAGUCUUCAAUACAAGGUUACAAAGCGGCAGCAGUGGUUUUAGUUAAUACUCUAGUAACAGUGUUUAAUAAAUACAGCAGCUGGAGAGGGCUGAGGAAUCUCAUAACAAAGCUGUAGAAGGAAUUACAUUAGCCUAUAAAUACUCGCCUGAAGCAGCUAUGUUCAUUUCUCCUGUGGCGUGCACAGUAAGCUUUGUCCUUGCGCUUCAGAGUCUCAGAUGUGAUUGUAUGCUGCAGAAGAGACCAGUAGCUUUUUGUAACCUGACUGUGUGAUACUGAAAAUACACAGUCCCCCUCCCUAAAUUAGAGGUGUAUUAAUUGCUCUGUAAAAUAUCUUUUUUUUUCACUUUUUAGAGUCCCUCUGAUGGUUCAUCUGAAUAGCUUUCUACUUUUUAUUUCUUCUGUGUUUUAAUGCUCUGCAGUACACUACAUGAAUUUCUCAGUACCGUGACAAACUUCCCACUUUACAAUUUCAGUCUUACAGUGACACUGAUGAGUUGCUUCCAAAGCUGACAUACUGAUUGCUCUUCAAAUGUUGUGUGCAAUUUUUCAAUGAUGUAAAACAGAAAAGACGAUCAUGUUUAAAAAAUGUCUCGGACCUGUUUGUGAUGGGAGGAGCUCUUGUUCUAGAAUCGGCAGCUCUUUUGCACUGGCUAGAGAGAGAAGGCUAUGGACCGCUAGGGAUGACUGGAAUAUCCAUGGGAGGACAUAUGGCUUCACUGGCAGUGACAAACUGGCCUAAGCCAUUGCCCUUGAUUCCAUGUCUUUCCUGGUCAACAGCUUCUGCAGUCUUUACUACGGGUGUGUUGAGCAAGGCAGUGAACUGGAGAGAGCUAGAGAAACAGUAUUUUACGCAAACUGUUUAUGAAGAAGAAAUCAUUCAAAUGCUUGAAUACUGUGGAACGGAUUCUUUUAAGAUGGGACAAGACUUUGUUAAAAACUUCCCUGACAGUGUGGAGAGUCUGGAGGAUGUGGACAUGACUUCCGGAAUGUUCGACCUUGAUUCCUCAGACAAGACUGUAUCUAAAGAAGCUGUUCACAGCUUUCCCACAAGUAAAAGUACUCUAAGUGCCUCAUCGGAAAGACUCUUAAUACAAGAUGCUCCUAAAAUGCAGUGCAUAAAUCAAACAUUUUCAACCAGUAGCAAUAGCAAUAAAAACUUAACCAGCCCACAGGGACACAGGAUAAAUAAAAGAAGGAGGAGUGACACUUUACAGAGAGAGUCCUUAAGGUUCAUGAAAGGAGUAAUGGAUGAAUGUACCCAUGUAGCUAACUUCUCAGUACCAGUUGACCCAAGUUUAAUCAUAGUUGUACAAGCUAAGGAGGAUGCAUAUAUUCCUCGAACUGGGGUGCGCAGUCUUCAAGAAAUCUGGCCCGGAUGUGAAAUUAGGUAUCUGGAUGGAGGUCAUGUCAGUGCCUACCUCUUCAAACAAGGACUCUUUAGACAAGCGAUUUAUGAUGCGUUUGACCGCUUUCUUCAGAAAUAUGCAGUUUAAAAAUCAUAAUGUAUUCAAACUGAUGUCAUUUAUACUUCUGCUUACUGGAACUCAUAUUUGGAAAACAAGCCUCUUGCAACGUUGAGUAGAUGGUCACUGACUUUGAUUGUUGUAGGUAACAGGUACCAAAAAUGGUAAAGUACCAGCAUUACUUUCAUUUCUGACACACUUGCUUCAGCUUUACCUGUGAAAAAAACGACAGCAUAUGUCGGUGCAUGAAUGGUUCACGUCCUUCAUGUUUAAUCACAUUGUGUAUUCCUUUAAUUCUGAAUAAAUUCUGAAUUGUGUAUCAGUUGAAAACAUACCAAUCUAAGUAUCGAAAGAAUGUAAGAUUUGCUGUAGGGCUAAGAUGCUCUAGUAUUUCUAGUUUGUUCCAGGUACCUUGGUUUCCUCUUGCUUCCUCGUCCCCUUGCUAUUCCUGUUGUGUUAUACUAUGGCUUUGCCAGCACUCAGCCUCUGUAUUUGUCAUGGAGUUUCUCUAUUAUGAAUUGAAAAUGAGCUAUAAUAGAAGGGGCAGCAUCCAAUCUUGCAAAAAGAGACUUUCAAAAUUCAGUGAAGAGUGAGAGAAACGUUUUCAUUCAGUGCGUCCACAAGAUUUUUUUCUGCCACUGAAUUAAACUGUGCCAUUCCAGAAGAAUCAUGUAGCAAUUUAUUGAUCAGUUUCACAAAACUGAAAUAAGUGAAAAUGGAGUGUCUAUUAAUUAAUUGUUUACAUGCAUUCAGUUGGAUAACAUAAGCUUUUUCUUCUAGAUUGUUUUUGCUUAGAAUGCUAGAGGAAAUCUAAUAGUUUUUCUUUAGAAGCAGUGGCACAAAGAGUCUGAUUCUAAGCAGUUAAAUCAACAGCAGAUUACAUGGUGCUAUAAAGACCUGUUGGAAAUAUUUCAACAGGGGUCCUUUUUAAAGUGCACUCAGUGCUGAAAUGCAAAAUACAGUUUCAAUGUAUAAUAUUAACAAUGUAUGUGAGACUAAGGGUUAUCAAAACAGUUUAAUUCCUUAUUUUUGAACACCAAUGCUUUUUAAUUGGAUGGAAAAUAAAAAAAUUAGGAUUAUGAAUGCAUUUAAGAAAAUCCAAAGUCUGUUUUUCCUCUUUUGGGAUCAAAAAUGCCAAUAAAUUACAAUAGAAUAAAAGGUUGUCAUGCAUCAGCUGUAUAUGAUAACUGUCCACAUCUUAUUUUGUGGUAAUCUCAUGUAAAAUUCUUAUAAAGCUAGUUUGCAGAGAGUUUGAAAACUGACACACUUCAGUAUUAAUUUUAGUACAGUAAUGACCAGAAUUACAUAGAAACAAACAGAAAAAUCCAGCCAUUUCUCAGGAUAUGUGACUUCUACACCUUUCAAAUCAAGCACUUCAUUGAUCUCUGAGGUUAGUGUAAUGGUUUUUAAUAGGCUGAGUAUGAAGUACACAAAGCUCAGUUUAUAUAAAUGUAUUCUCUUGAAUUUUAGUCUGGCAGAGAGAACUAAAGAUUAGUAAUUGGGAAGAAAUCACGGUUCACGGGAAAAUCAGAUAAGUCCAGGUAAAACUGAAGUGCAACAGUUUGUAAUAACUCAAAUUAUUUAACAUACUAAAGAAGUUAUAUUCUACUGGAGGUUAAAUUGCUUGUUUCAAGUGGUUUUUCAUUUCUUUAGACAGUGUUGGUUUUAUAUAUAUAUUGGGAGGAAGUGUGAAGUGACUAGCACAUUUAAAUAUAGUAAAACACUGAAUGUUGGAAGGUUUGAAAUCAAAUCUACGUAAGCUUACAAUUUUAAAAUUAAAGGCUUGAAUACUAUACUAAAAGAUGUAUGGGAUUUACGUUUUACAAGCUUGUUCAUCAACUAAGAGUGUUUUACAAGACCAUUGUCUACUGUUCCCAAACUUUUUUAGACCUCACAUUUUAAAUAUAUUUGUGUGCUUUAUGUCUUGUUUCUGUUGCAGCUAUGAGAAAGGGAGAUAACUGGUGACAUGGGAAAGGGCUUGAAAAAGUGGAAGAGAGAAAAGACAGAUUUUGUAAGGCACGGAGUAAGCACACAAAAAAAUGAGUUUCUCUAUGCUACAAAGUAUAACAUGCCAAAGUAAAUAUUUUCAAAGCGCACAAUACUAGGAAUUACACAACUGAUGGGAACUUGACAUCCUGAGGUUAGUGUUCUGAUGAUGUUACUAACAAGAUUUAACUUGCCAAAAGGGCAUGCUAUUCACAGAAGCAGAUUUAUGCUAAUGUAACUCCUGUUUGCGAGGGUGUCUUUUGGGAUAAGUAGUGAAAGACUGGUCUCUGACAAGAAUGAGAAAUCAUACUUAGCUAAAGUAAUGUUGCCAAAUAUGAAAGCCCAGUAAGAAGCAUUUAAGAAAUUUCUCAGGUUAGAAUAACAAAAAAAGAAAAAUGAGCUAUGUGGUCUAUUUCUGCCAGUUAUCAGACACAGGAAGCUAUUAGCUGCUCUGUGAAGGGGGGAAUCUUGCUGUGUAAAUGUUUUUAACCUUUGGAAAAUUCACUUUUUAAACCAGAUUUUAAGGUUAAAUCCUAAGAAAGCAUUAUUAAUAAU